AUUGGAUAUUGGAUUUAGCGCGUUCAAUAAGACGCGCGGUACGCGCCUUAUUAUAAAUGUUUGUUAGCAAAUUUACUAAAGGACUAUCUCUUUGUGAAGUAUUGUAUUAUCCUGUUAGAUGGAAAACCAGCAAGGGAAUACCUGCAAAAAUGACUUUGGAUAUCCGAAGAGAGCUUUUCGAGAAUGAUGAUCGGUGGUUCCGAACGAGACUGCCUGAUUCGACUGAAGAGACAAAAAAUAUCAUGAAGAAAUCAGAGGGGUUUUCUAAAGAUGAUCGCAUUACGGUUCCAUCCAAAGAUGAUUUGACGCCGGUAAAUGGUGUCCCAGAAGAACAUCAAUCUGGAAGGCGUGUCAGAAUUUUCAUUCCAGCUAAACCAGCCACCCAAUCAGGAACGCAUGGUACUCGACUUUGGCGUAUUGAAUUCGACAAUCGUGAACGCUGGGAAAAUCCAUUAAUGGGAUGGGCAAGUAGUGGUGACCCACUUUCAAAUACAGUUGUUGAAUUUGAAACUGCGGAAGCAGCAGAAGAGUUUUGCAAACGGCAAGGAUGGCCAUGUUACGUAGAAAGACCAAAUAUUUUGAAAAUGAAUGUCAAAUCAUAUGGAUCCAAUUUUUCAUGGAACAAACGAACACGAGUCGGAUCGAAAUAAAGUUGCCAGAUUGCUAGCAUUACUCUUGUUGUUGCUAACUUACUUUAGCAGCUAUUUCAAUUGUGACUGAUUUUAUUUCGCUUGUUUAUAUGUAUUGUAGAAAUAUAAAUUAAAUAUAUACUUCUUAUUUUCGUUGUUUCGUUAUCUAUUUAUUUUUUUCCAUUAAAGUUAUGGAAGAAGCUUCAGUUGACCGUAUUUUUUGGGCAACUUUGAAUGAUGAUUUAUGAGAUGGUACUUACUGUUUAUGCCAAUUUCACUCCUAGAAUAUUUAAUGAUCCUUCUUCAUUCAUAUCAUUGACAUUGAGAAUAUGUUUUACUGUCAAUCCUAAACUUGAAC